AUGGUGAAGAAGCACCUCGUCGACCCGCCUCCACUGAAGACGGAACCCGAAAGCCGAGAAGCUGCAAACGAUGGGACCCGAGUACAAGUGGAUAGCGACUCCGAUACAGAGGACGAGGAGUACUCACCCGACGAUCCUUGGAUCUCAGAUUCGGCUCUAGCAGCCUACUUAGAAAGGGUGGUCUCCGAAAGAUUCGGCACCAUUCAACCUAUGGUAGAAAGGCUCCCAGGGGUAGCUCCUCCUAUUCGAAGGAGCAAUCAGGGGUCCUACUCCGAUACACCUUUCGUGGAAGAGAUUGCUUUGGUGGAUAUGCUACGAAAGUUCUCUUUCCCGAGCAUAAAGAUGUAUGAAGGUACCGGGGAUCCCGACAAUCACAUCGCUCAAUACAAGCAACACAUGCUAGCAGUAGCAAUCCCUCGGGAUGCGCGGGAAGCUACCAUGUGCAAAGGAUUCGGAUCAACCUUGACCGGUCCUGCUCUCCAAUGGUAUAUCAACCUGCCUACCAAGUCCAUCAAAUCCUUUGCAGCCCUUAGCGAUAAGUUCGUAGAGCAGUUCGCCAGCAGUCGCGACCUAGAGAAAAACUCGGAUGAUCUCUAUGAAAUCCUCCGGCAUAGGAACGAGCCCCUUCGUUCCUACAUAGCGCGCUUCAACCAAGCAAAGGUGGCUAUCCCCGAGUGCAACGCUGAUACGGCUAUCUCAGCCUUUAAGCGGGGUCUACUUCCGGAGGGAGAUCUCUACAAGGAGCUGAUCAAAUACAAGUGCAGGAUUAUUGAAGACGUGUUGUCUCGUGCUUGGGCUCAAAGCCGGUCUGAAGUACGAUCAGAAGUCAUCAAAGCCUACUAG